AUGGACAGCCAACAGAGGGAAGUGACGCUAUGGAUUGAGGCAGUUCUUGGAGAGAAGUUUGAAGAUGGGUCAUUCCACGACUUGUUCAAGGAUGGGGUAAGGCUCUGCAGAUUCCUCAAUAAGGUUUCGCCUCUCGAUGUUAAGUAUAAAGAGUCAAGACAAAUAUUUGUACAAAGAGAGAACAUCUGCUCAUUUAUAAACGGGCUUAAGAAGCUCAAUAUGAAUGAGUACGAGCUGUUUCAGACCAAUGAUCUGUUUGAGGCAAAGGAUCUGAAACAGGUUGUUAUCUGCUUGUAUGCAUUGAGCAGGCAGCUCCAAAAGGAGAAGAUAUUUUCUGGCCCAUUUAUCGGCCCACAGCUUUCCACCAAGUCCAAGAUUGAAUUCAGCAAGGAGGUCCUUGACAGGAGCAAGUAUGCUGUUCACCUCCAGAUGGGAUAUUCAGAUCCGGACUUGCUUGAAAAGGCUGCAAACAAAGCAUCCUCUAAUACCAUGAAGGACCUGAAGACGAAUACCCUUUAA